AUCACCUCCAACAACCAGAAAAAAGAUGUCUGGACUCGUCUAUCCAAUCCUCCUUUCCUUCCUCUCCCUUCUGUUGUGCUCUUGUGCGUCCCCAUGGCACACCAUGAGCACAGGCACAUCUCUGCAAGUAGAUCACGAGAAAGUCUUGCUCAUCUCACCAGACACUACCUUCUCUUGCGGCUUCUACCCAUCCGGAAACGACACGAAUACUGCCUUCUACUUCUCUAUCUGGUUCACACAUUCCACCGACAAGACCGUCGUCUGGACAGCAGAUCCUCACUUUCCGGUGAAUGGCCAACGCUCCAUGAUAUCCUUGAACCAUGACGGCAACUUGGUCCUUACUGAUGUCAAUGGCUCCACAGCAUGGCAGAGCAACACAAGCUGGGGCAAGCAGACAACAGUAGCUCUUCUCGACACCGGGAACCUUGUGAUCAACGCCUCGGCUGAUAAGAUCAUAUGGCAGAGCUUCGAUUCGCCUACCAACACCUUGCUUCCGUCGCAGCAUCUGACGAGAGAAAACAGGUUGGCCACUCAUUCUGAUUAUCAUGUCCUCUAUUUUGACAAUGAUAACGUCCUGCGGCUCCUGUACAAUGGACCAGAGAUCACAAGCAUAUACUGGCCAAGCCCAGAUUACAAUGCGCUGCAAAAUGGUCGGACCAGGUUCAACAGCAGCAAGAUAGCAGUCCUGGACCAGGAGGGCAAUUUCUUGUCAAGUGAUGGGUUCAGAAUGAUAGCUUCGGAUUUAGGUUUGGGGAUCAAGAGGAGGAUUACCAUUGAUUAUGAUGGGAACUUCAGAAUGUACAGCUUGAAUGCAUCAAAUGGUAACUGGGCUAUUACAGGGGAAGCUGUACAGCAGAUGUGCUAUGUGCAUGGAUUGUGUGGAAGGAAUGGAAUUUGUGAGUACUCGCCACGUCGUGUCAGUUGCACUUGUCCUCCAGGAUAUAAGAUGAUUGAUCCGGAGAAUUGGAACAAAGGCUGCACGCCAACAUUCCGCAUCGACUGUGGGCAACCAUAUGAGGAAUUUACAUUCAUCAAGGUUCCUCAUGGUGACUUCUAUGGCUUUGAUCUUACUUCCAAUACGUCAAUCUCACUCGAAGAAUGCACCAAGAUUUGCUUGGAGAGCUGCUUGUGCAUAUCUUUCACAUACAAAGGUGGAGAGGGUUUAUGUUACACUAAAAAUCUGCUCUACAAUGGCCAGGUUUUUCCAUAUUUUCCCGGAGACAACUACUUCAAAGUUCCUAAGAAUGUCAGUUCAACAUCUUCGGCCUCCAAACAUACUGGUAUUACGGCCUGCAGCCCAGAGAGAUCCAAGGUUAUGCUAGUAUCUGCAUACAGCAAAAACUCUGACAACAUAACAUGGGCAUACUUCUACACCUUUGCUGCUAUAUUAGGAGCAGUUGAAUUGCUUUUUAUCAUAACAGGAUGGUAUGUUCUUUUCAAAAUGCAUAACAUGCCCAAGUCCGUGGAGGAAGGUUACAAAAUGAUAACAAGCCAGUUCAGGAGGUUUACAUACCGCGAGUUGGUUGAAGCAACAGGAAAAUUCAAAGAAGAGCUCGGGAAAGGUGGCAAUGGAGUAGUUUACAGGGGAAUACUCGGAGACAAGAAGGUUGUGGCAGUAAAGAAGCUUACAGAUGUUAGAAAAGGUGAAGAGGAAUUUUGGGCGGAAGUGACUCUAAUUGGGAGGAUCAAUCACAUGAAUUUGGUAAGAAUGUAUGGGUUUUGCUCAGAAGGUCAACACAGGUUAUUAGUCUACGAGUUUGUGGAGAAUGAGUCAUUGAACAGAUACCUUUUUGAUGACAGAGACACUGAAAGACUGCUCUCAUGGAGUCAGCGGUUCAAGAUUGCGUUGGGGACAGCAAGAGGCCUUGCUUACCUGCAUCAUGAAUGUCUCGAAUGGAUUGUCCAUUGUGAUGUAAAGCCAGAAAACAUACUGUUGACACGAGAAUUCGAAGCCAAGAUAGCAGACUUUGGACUAUCCAAGCUCUCCAACAGAGAUAGUUCUAGCUUAAAUUUUACUCAUAUGAGAGGCACAAUGGGUUAUAUGGCACCAGAAUGGGUACUGAAUCUGCCAAUCGAUGCAAAGGUAGAUGUUUACAGCUAUGGAGUUGUGCUUCUAGAGAUUGUCACCGGGAGUAGACUUUCCAGUGAGGUGACAGUAGGCAAAGAAGAUAUUGACUCAUUGCAAAUUUCGAGUGGGGAAACAGAAGGCAGAGAAGAGAUGGGGUUGAUGCAAUUUGUUCAGGUGGUGAAACAGAUGCUCACUAGUGGGGCUGACCUGGAUAUAGUGGAUGCUAGGCUGAAAGGGCAUUUCAAUCAUGAGCAAGCAACAGUUAUGACAAAGAUAGCAAUUUCAUGUCUUGAUGAAAGAAGCAAGAGGCCAACAAUGGAUCAGAUUGCCAAAGAUCUCAUGGUAUACGAUGAUGAAGAUUACCAUCCUGCAUACUUUUGAUCACAUGUGACCAGAAGCGUGAGUGAAUAAAGCUUAGUCUUAAACAAUCAUGUGAUUUUCUAAGUUGUAUAGCUUGUAGGCUUGUAGCAUGAAAUGGAAAGAUUAGAUCCAUCCUCCAGAUAUUCUACCUUGUGUUACUGAAAUUGUGUUUGGUAUCAUCAGAGGCUGCAAGGCUGGUAAGGAAAAUUAGGUGUGCAGUAUUUGGCUCUC